AUGGACCCAACUUUCGAUCCCACCAAGGAGACCUUGAACCUGCUGGUUAGCUCCGGUGUCGCAAAAGCGCGAUUACCCUGGCCAGACUUACUUCUCAAAUCGUUCCUCGCUGGGGCUUUCUUAUCCAUCGGUGCUCUUUUCAGCCUAAUCGUUGCGGGAGGCUCUCCCUCUCUGCGCGCCGAAAACCCUGGGCUUGCUACACUGCUAUCUAGCUUUGCCUUUCCAACCGGCUUCGUCAUCCUCACCAUCGUCAAUACAGAGCUCUUCACAGCCAAUGUAUUCGUCUUGAUAUUAACCACGUUCAUGCGGAGGACCACAUGGCUCGACCUUGUCCGCAAUUUAGUCCUAUCCUACAUCUUCAACUUGGCAGGCUGUCUAUUCGUGGCGGGCUUUCUGUGCUGGUGGUCUGAUACCCUGUCCACAGAUACACUCAAAGGUUUCGCCGUCACGCAAGCCGAAGGACGGGUCAACGUGCAAUGGUCCGUCAAUUUUCUAAGAGGGGUCGGAUGUAACUGGCUCGUGGGCUUGGCGAUAUUCCUCUCCAUAUCCUGCAAAGAUAAAGUCUCCAAGAUCUAUGCGAUUUGGAUUCCGAUUUGGACGUUUGUUGCGGUUGGGUAUCAGCAUUGCAUUGCAAACUUCUUUCUCGUGCCGAUUGGGAUGUUUUACGGUACGAAUUUUGGGGUUGGGAAGUUUAUUUACCAGAGUGUGAUUCCGGUUACGCUUGGCGAUAUUGUUGGGGGUGCUGUGCUUGACGGCGUGUUUAUUUGGUUUUUGUAUGGGCAUAGGAUUAUGAAGAAACGGCCAGGUGGUGAGCCGAAUGCUGGGGACCAUCUCCCGUCUUGA